CCACUUUAACUUUGUCAUCCCCCUCGUAGCGAAAAAAAUCAAAAAGUUUUCCGGCUAGUCAUAAAAAGCGGCGAAAAAAGUUUACUUUUUGAAGUGUUCGUUUGGAGUUCGCUGACAGCUUUUUUACCGAAAUAAAUAAUUGACUCGCGGAGAUGAAAAGAAGCUGCAUACUACAGUAUUCGCUCCAAAAAGAAGACAUAAAAAACGAAUGAAGCCAAACCACUACCUUGGUAUUAACAUUAACGUCCAACAAUGACAAGUUGCUUGAAUUUCCCCAAAAAAUAAUAUAAAGUCGAUUUCGAGUGAGCCAUUGCAGUGAAGGAUACUAAAGAAAUUGCCGAACGAUUGGUGUAAAAGGUCACCUGUCUGGGGGUCAUGCUCCGGCGACAGCUGGCGAAAGUCAAACGGCAACCGCCGAAGCAAGCUCUGUGGUUUGGACCCAACACGAUGUGCAGAAUAAAACACCAAGCUGUGGCAACCUCUCCGGCCCCCCCUUGCCGGACCUGCAAGUAGGCGAGCAAAAGCACAAAUCAGCAGCAGCAACCAGCUGACCCCAGAACCGGAAGUGACCACAGCGAGGCCAUAAAAAGCUACGCACCGCGCGGAAGAGAGACAUCCAAACGAAACAUGAGCGCAGCCCUCAUGGAUAUGAGCCAGACGCUGGCCCUCAGCCUGGUGUAUGCCCCCCUUGACGCCACUGGCGGAGCUUCCCCCAACAUCGCCAUUGGGAACGGGAACGACAGCAAUGGCGGUGGCGAUGGCGGCGCCAAUGACAGCGGUCUCGUCCUAGCAACAGGACAACAGGGGGUCGCCACUGUGGUGGGAGGGGUCCUGGGUCUGGGACAGCACAACGGUAGCGCCGACGGCGGAAUCGGCCCAUAUGUGCCAGUCCUGGAGCGCCCGGAGACAUACAUCGUCACCGUGCUCUACACGCUCAUCUUCAUCGUGGGCGUGCUGGGCAACGGAACGCUGGUCAUUAUCUUCUUCCGCCACCGGUCGAUGCGAAACAUCCCCAACACCUACAUACUGUCCCUGGCUCUGGCUGAUCUGCUGGUGAUUUUGGUUUGCGUGCCCGUAGCAACUAUUGUGUACACGCAAGAGAGCUGGCCCUUUGAGCGGAACAUGUGCCGCAUCAGCGAGUUCUUUAAGGACAUCUCCAUCGGGGUGUCGGUCUUCACCCUCACCGCCCUUUCCGGCGAAAGGUACUGCGCCAUCGUGAAUCCGCUGCGCAAGCUUCAGACAAAGCCGCUCACCGUCUUCACCGCCGCGAUGAUUUGGGUCCUGGCUAUCCUUCUGGGCAUGCCCUCGUUCCUGUUCUCUAACAUCAAGUCUUACACCGUGCUCACGCCUAACGGAAACAUGAGCAUAGAGGUGUGCGAUCCUUAUCGCGACCCGGAAUAUGCGAAAUACAUGGUAGCGGCAAAGGCCUCGAUCUAUUACCUGGUUCCACUCUCCAUCAUCGGAGCGCUCUACAUAAUGAUGGCCAAGCGGCUUCACAUCAGCGCCCGGGACAUGCCGGGCGAACAGCAAAGCAUGCAGAGCCGUUCACAGGCCCGGGCCCGCCGUUACGUGGCCCGUAUGGUGGUGGCCUUUGUAGUGGUGUUCUUCAUUUGUUUGUUCCCGUAUUACGUGUUCGAGCUGUGGUACCACUUCUACCCCACGGCCGAAGAGGAUUUCGAUGAGUUUUGGAACGUGCUGCGCAUCGUGGGAUUCUGUACGAGCUUUCUCAAUUCGUGUGUUAACCCCGUGGCUCUCUACUGCGUAUCUGGAGUGUUCCGGCAACACUUCAAUCGCUACCUUUGCUGCUUCUGCGUCAAGCGUCAGCCCCACCUGCGGCAGCACUCCACGGCUACCGGAAUUAUGGACAACACUAGCGUAAUGUCUAUGCGCCGCUCCACCUACGUGGGCGGGGCAGGCGGCAAUCUGCGUUCCUCGAUGCAUCGGAACAGCAAUCACGGAGGCGGAGGGGGCGCAGGGCUUCCGGCUGGACGGGGGGCCAGCUUCCAUGGCGGGGAUUCGAUGCCCCUGCAGCAUAGUAACGGUCAUGGGGCGACAGGAGGCAACUCGGGAGGAGCUGGGGCAAGUGCCACCGGAGGUCCUUCCUUGGGACGUACGGCGGCCGUGGGCGAGAAGAGGUGAGGCACGCUGAUUGUGGAGCUGUUGGAGGAGGAGGACGUUGGGAUGUCCUUUCAGGCCGAUGAGCAGCUCUGAGCGAAAACAAUGGCCCAUUGAUCUCACUUUGUGUUGGCACCACCUGCACCAUUCGACCCCGCCCUGCGCACCCAGAGCACAACCCUCGGCAAUUCCCGGCUAAUUUGAAAUCACUUCCCUCACCUGACCCUCUCCGUUCCCAUCCACCCCUAUAACCAACCGAUUUCCUGGAUUAGGCGGAUGGGUUGUGCAUCCCAUGUGCGGGAGCCGCCGGAAGAACCAUCCGUAUCAAUAGCAUUUUACUAACUCUAAGCGUAUACAUUUGUAUAAAGUUUGCAACCAAAAACCUAUUGCGCAUUAGUAUAUAUUUUAUGCAGUGUUAUCGUACUAUUUGCCCUACUUUAGUCGUACUAUAUGUGAUGUGUUAAUUAGGUAAGUCACCAAGCACAUUAAAUGUAACUCGCAACUACCUGGCCUGGUGCAAUAAAAUAGAAUUUAACGGGCCAAACCCGCACUACACAGCUCCAGUCCCUACUAAUUAUCGAGUAUAGACUCUCCGUAAAUAUCAAUAGGAUUAACUUGUAGCAUACAAUUCUGUAAAUAAAUGGAUUCCAUAAGUGUUAAUGGUCUGGGUGUUGUAAUCAAUGCAGUGCACUUGCAGAGUCGCGUCUGGUAAGCGCAAUUUCACAGGCUGGAAACUAGUUCUUAAAUAUACGUGUGUACAUCCGAUAUUGAUUGAAAUACAAGUUACAUUAUCUAUUCCCCGAUUUCAGCAUAAAUCGCUUCGAAAGCAACCGCAUGCGGUACUAAGGGCGCCAGAGUGCGAGAUAUCUAGGCCCACGAGA